UCAAACUGUCAGAAACUAAAAACUUGUCUUACCCGGUUAUAAUUGAACUAAAUUGUUUCUACUCUGUAUAACUAUCACCAAAAGUCUAUAGUCCCAAAAUGAUUUGUGGCUUAAGAACCACGCUUUUAUCCCGUUCUUUACGGCGUUUAAGGAUCACUCGGAGUUACUCAAAGGAUAGCAAAGCGGAAAAUGCUCUCAAGCGAUUGGGCACCAGCCCCCGAAAUGUUCGGGAUCAUCCCCAGGGAUGCACACCUCAGCAUUUGAAUACAACGGCCUUCGCUUCCCCGGAUUUCAUACCCCCAUCAACCUAUCGAAUUGUUGAAGAAGAGGAGAAGCUUGGGCCCAAUGCAGGAAAGAAGAAAACCUACAAGAAUCCGGAGUACUACAGCUACUAUCGAUACUCGUACUACGACCUCAAAACAAUAGUCGAUACCAUUAAAAAGAAACAAUCAUCCAAAAAGAAAUAAGUAGCACCAAAUUGGAAAUACAUCGAAGAAAAUUCUCCUAUAAUAACCUAUAAUGAAAAAUAAAUUGGAGUAUUUAAGGCAGCUAUGUUGCCACACCUAAGAACCUUCUACACAUGGUUACUUUUGCCUGUUGAUAUAAAUUAACCAACCAUAUACAUCACGGAAAAUGGUCAAACGGAUAUACAAGCAAGAACCGCAAAUUCAUGAUGAUCAAAAAGGUAUACAAAACUGUAUACUGUGAGUUCUUGUUAUUCAUGAAUUUAUUCAUCAUAUAUGCAAAUUUAAAUUUAAAUA